CUGUACUACCACGGCGAAUCUAUUGCUGUCAACGUUCACUUGACCAACAGAUCAUCAAAAACUGUGAAGAAAAUUAAGAUAACAGGUAAAGUAAUCAAAACAGACUGGAUUCUGAUUGGAAAUAUUUGACACUUAUAGGGUAUGUACAGUACAAAUAAGGAUCCAGAUUUCUAUUUCUAUGGAAUUCGAACUUUAUUAGAAUAUACUCUAGAUUUAGUGACAGAAAUAUUAUUUCAAUAUUGAAAACCGUAUAGUAAAACAUGCACUUAGCGUCAAAGAUUAAAACAUUUUGACAUUUUAGCAUCAUAGCAUCAUUCUGACAUUUUCUCCAACUUUCAGUUCGGCAACAUGCAGACAUAUGUUUAUUCUCGACUGCGCAAUAUAAAUGCCCUGUGGCUACCCUGGAUUGUGAAGAUGGUUUUCCUGUUGGACCGAGUUGUAAUUUAUCAAAAGUUUAUUCCUUAACACCUCUGUUGUCUAAUAACAAGGUAUCGUGUCGUAUUUAUAAAACGUUGGGAAUAUGGACAUGAGAGCCGCUCAAUCUAAAAAACAAAACUAAACGAUGAUACAGUACAUAUAAAUUUAGUACAUCCUUGCACGGACCUGCAGGCUUAAUUGCAUUUUUAUAAAAAGGUAAAUUACAGUGCAGUACGUUUUAUCAUAAGGCUUAGCAAUGUUUUUUCUAAACUAUUUUUAUCAACGUUAUUCAAACAAGUGACGUCUCAUGUGUAUGUCGUUCUAUUUACCCAAACUUUCUAUUGACUAGCAGCACAGAAGAUCAAUGAACUAGAGUACUUUCAACCUCUGGAGAAACCACCUCAUAUUUAUUAUUAUUAUACAACUAGAUUUACCCCUUCAGCUAAUGCCGUUAUCCAAAGGGGGCGUGAUGAGCGAAUAAAAAGUAUAUCGUUCCAAUGCUCGAUAAGACUUUUGCAUAUUCCAGCUAAUUUUCUCACGAUAUGAAUGGACCAUUUGCAUUAUAGACUAAAUUUUGAUCUAAACAAGUCUAGACAAAAAUCAUCGCAGCUUGAAAGAGCAUCACCAAAUUAGUAAUAUUCCAAAGUCUCGUUGUGAAAUGUUGUAAAAUGCGGAUAAUAUAGCCCUGCGAAAUUUGCAAUUUUCAGUCAUUUUGUAGUACAAACGGGAAAUUAAUGCCCCAACACCCGUUUGGGCUGUCAAUUUCCCGUGCGUAAUACUGAAAAACUGAAAAACGGCAAACUUCGCAAGGCUAUAUUAUUCGCAUUUUACAACAUUUCGCAACGAAACUUUGGAAUAUUUACUAAUUUUGUGAUGCUCUUUCAAGCUGUGAUGAAAUUUUUGUCUAGAUCAAAAUUUAGUCUAUAAUGCAAAUGGUCCAUUGAUCGAUUCGAACAUCUAGAUAUUUUUCUAUUUUACUUGUUUAACAGGACAGUUAUAUGUCUGAAUAGGCUCUGCAUGUUGUAAGGUUAUUAAUUUACUCCCGAUCUUUCCCAAAAUGGAUUUUAGAACAUUUCAUGAGUUAUUGUUUAGGGUUAGGUAGAUAGAUCUGUAUAAAGUAUAAUAAUUGAAAUUAGUAACAUACAUCUAAUAUAGUUGAGUUUAUUCGUUAAAUUAUUUUAAAAACCAACGUUGUCUAAGCCGAGAAAAACAAGCUCGUGAAUCAUUAAUGUAUAAUUAUAUGUUACUUCUACAAGUUUUAAGUUUGAGGUGCCUUCUCCAAGUUUAUGCAUGUUAAGUUCAUUUCUUAUUUUUUACUUUUGAAAUUUCAAAUGCAACAUAUAAAUUGACUUUCAUGUAGGACAAACGAGGCCUGGCAUUAGAUGGCAAGCUAAAACACGAAGAUACAAAUCUGGCAUCGUCAACCAUGUAUGUAAAGACACGUAACUUUUAAGAUAGUAGCUUUAAUUGUCACUCUAUACUGUUUAUGUCCAAAUGAUACGUGUCUAUCACGUUCUUGUAAAAAAAUAUUAAGUGAUAAAACCAUCAUUAGAGGAGGAACAUUUGUAGCAAUUUUCAUAGAAUUUACCAUUAUUUAGCAAUACCAAUGAACGUUGCAUGCACAGCAUUGUAAACCAGCUAGUGAACUUUAUAAAGAACGUUUGUGCUUACAUUUCGCUAUAAGUUCGCACUGAAAACGAUUUAAUUAAUAAUGUAUGAGGGCUUAUUUUGUUUCAGCCCUUCUAUACUGGGGCUAAUUAGAGGGGGGACGGCUAAAUAGAGGAAAUACGGUAGUAACUACCGUAUUUCCUCUAUUCAGUCCCCCUUCUAAUUAGCCCCCAGUCUAGUACUGAAAGUACUUCAAAGUAUUGGUACUUUGAAGUUGCAUAAAAUUCUGAUUUCAAAAUAGUGGUACUUUGGAGAAUUUCAAAGUGUCACUACUCAGAAAUAUCCUACCAGUAACAGAAAACGCGUCCAGAACACGUUCUUUAUUGCGUUUAUUAAAUAUUUAUACGCUAAAGCCUGUUACAGACGGACAAGUUUUUAUGUGACAAGUUUUAUUCGCCAAGUGCACGUGUGUAUAUGCAACAAAUUUUAUAUGACAAGCUUUCAUAUGAAAAAUUUUAUUUACUGGUGUCAACAAGUUUACUUUGACAAUCCCAUAAACUCUAAAAAUUAGAGAAAAUCUAUCAGAUUUGUUAUUCCCAAAUCAAUCCAACGUAAGGUGUUUAUCGCCGCCAUGACAGAAAAAUUAUAAUAGUCCGCUGGCCAAUCACAUCAAAUGCUCAGAUUACUUUGACAUGAGUUUUCUUUCUUGACCCAUACAGACGAACAAAAUUUGUACUUUGACAAUUUUUUCUAUGACAAAUGCACUUGUUCAAAAGCUAGCAUGCUAGCAAAUAAAACUUGUCACAUAAAAACUUGUCAUAGAAAACUUGCUUGUCUGUAACCCAGGCUUAAUUGUAGUCGAAACGAAAUAUAGUCUGAUAUUGUCGCAAAAUGGGCUUUUCAAAAGCAUAAAGCGUAAAAUUAAAUACUAGGCAAAUUUAAUAAUCCACGAAUAAUUGUUUUUUUGUUUAGCUUGGACUCUAAUGUGCCCAAGGAAAAUCUAGGAAUAAUCGUGCAAUACAGAGUUAAAAUACGACUAAUAGUCGCGUAUGGAGGGUAAGUAUUAUAAUGAUGAAGUUUGAUGCAUGUUUACGUAUUUUAAUUCCCAACUGCCUCGUAUACCUCUAUAUAACGAACUGCAGCCGCUAUAUAACGCUUCAAUUAUUUACACCUAUUAUGUAGGUUCUGCAUGGAUAAGAGGCAGUUCGCCAAAAGAGUUGCUCUGUUGCACAAUUCAUCAGCUAUCAAGUCAAAUUACUAAUAACAUAUUUAUGGCAAAUCUAAAAAUUUCUGGGGGUUGGCCUUCGUUUCGAUCAAAAGCCCCUUGUCAGGAGAGUUUGUAGGAGAGUCAUUAUUUCCUUACAAUGCUCUCUACGUGCUGGUACAUCCACGUACAAUGUAUAGACAACGUAUUACUUAAUAAUCCUGUCAUCUCAAUCUUUGAUCGUAUUAACUUUGUGCUGCAUUUUUCAGUUAUAAUUAGUUAUUUACAGCAUUCUACAAAUAAAAUUUAAGUUAUGACAUAAAAGUUUGAUAGCUUGUCUAGCCGAUAAUGCCAAUAGUCAAUAGAUCAUGACCUACCUAUACUAUACAUUUCUGUUAAGAGGUAAUUUUGUCUACAGACCUCGCAACUCCUUUUGAGAGUGCGUUACGUAACAUACAAAAAAUAAAUGUUUAUGCACUGUUUGAUAUAGAGAUCUUGCAGUUGAACUACCAUUUAUGUUGACCCAUCCUAAACCGGAAGAAUCUGAACCCACACCAACAUCUUCACAACGUGAUGGUACCCAGGACGGAACAGGUAAAUUAGUGCAUGGUAAAUAUUUAUACUACAUUUACUUCAACGAAGUGGAAUAGUGUGAACCAUUUUUAAGGAUUUGCGAAGCAAAAUCCUUUAUGUCAUCGGGUGUGUAAGAUAGAUAGAUAGAUAGAUAGAUUAGGAUGGGAUGGGAUGGGAUGGAUAGUAACACAUUAUUGACGUUGAGUUCCGAGUCGAGUAUUCGUGAACCGCCGGAAGCUGUUUGUGGUUGUCGUUAUUCGCAAUCUUUCGGUCAAAAACCCCGAUCAUUUUCGUAGAAUACAUCAACGACUAAACAUUGUACCACUUACUUUGAGCUAAACGAAGGAAUAUUUGACUGUUUUUGUGCUAGAAAUACAAAUGGAAAAGGUCCUAAAAGACAAAUUCGUUCAACGCAGGAGCGGAGUUAUAAAAUAAAAUUAAAGCGGUGUUUCCAUUAUGAAAACUGUAUUGUUCCAUAUUUCAGUGGUAUUCAUUGGAAAUGAAUUAGAAAUGCAAAGGCCCUGUUACACGGUUCAAUUUUUCAAUUUGUCUCGCAAUGUUUAAAAAAAAAUUGAUAAUGCAUUGCAGGAGGUGUUACACGCUGCAAUGAUUUUCAUGCAACUCGCAACGAUAGGGGACAGAGGCAUGCGAAGAGACUAGGGAGAGGCGCUUUUUGGCGCCAAAUUUUAAUUAAAGUAAAGCGUGUACUGGGGAGAGCCAAUAGGAACUCUCCAAGCUAUAAAUAUUGCGAGACAAGUUGCACGAAGCCAUGUUGCACACUACAAUGCUAAAAAUAAUUAGUGCAAGAUUUUAGAUUUUAACCAUUGCAAGGCAUGUUAAACGGUGCAAUGACUCGUGCAACUUGCUCGCAACGCCAUUGCGAGACAAGUUGCAUGAAAAAUUGCACCGUGUAACAGGGCCUUAAUUGCUUGUUGCGGAAUGCGGAAACUUCGAAACACGUUUUUUAUCCAAACGUUGAUAAAAUUAUCUUCAAGAUUUCAACAUUUCUACAAAUUGAGUUUUUCUUUUAUAUUUCAGGCAGUGAUAAAGCCAUUUAAAAAUUGUAGUAGAUUAACUUUAAAUGUGACAGUAAUUAAACAAAAGUUGACAUUUAAAGAAAAGAUUUGUCAUGAUGUUGUGUUUUGUUAUACUAAACUGAUAUUUUUCCAUCUUUCUUGCAUUAUAAAAUUGACAACAAAAUUGCAAAUCCUUACGCACUCCUUGAGUGCCUAUUUUUCUAUCUCGUCUACAAUUGCCAUCGUCGAUCUUUCUUACUUCUUGGAAAAAGUCUUAACUAUAAAAUGCGAUGAAUGGAAAAGAGGGUUUAAUGAGGAUGUACAUGAUGAGGUCAAAUCCUAAAAUGAAUGUUAUUUUGUGUCCUAUACGCAUUAAAUAUGCAAAUGUCUUGAAUGAAAAGAAAUCAUAUUGACUGAUGCCUGACCCUAAAACAAUUGCUGAAAAACUUGCAAGAUUAUGGGUUGAUAGCCCCUGCUUUCACUGUUCGCAUUCAUACUGAAAAUUAAAAUCAGACGAGUUUGUACCCUUUUGUUCCAAAGAGCGAGCUUGUACUGAAAAUCAAAAUCAAGCGAGCUUGUACCCUUUUGUUCUACACGAGAUUUGCGUUCUCUUUGAUUGCUCACCUAUAGGUGAUUCUAAAGUGAUUGUGAUUCUAAAACGUCCAUUUCACAUUGGUGAUUGUGAUUCUAAAACGUCCAUUUCCGCCCCCAAGGAUGCUCACUCGCACGCACAAAUCACGUGUAAACUCGCUGUGAAUGCUUUCAUCUAAUUAAAAUAAACUGCCGAGCAUUGUGCUAUUAAGAUGAAAGCAGGCACUAGCAGCAAACUUACAAAUCGACUAAUGCAAUGAAUGGAAAAGAGAGUUUUAAUGAGGAUGUACAUGAUGAGGUCGAAUUGUAAAACGAAUGUCAUUUCGUGCCGUAUACACACUAAAUAUGCAAAUGACUGAAAAGACUAAAUAACAUUGACUGGCGCCUGACCCUAAAACAACCCUGAGCCCAAACAAUUACUGAAAAACUCUCAAAGACUAUGGGUCAAUAAUCCAUGCUUUCACUGUUCGCAUUCAUACUGAAAAUUAAAAUCAAGCGAGCUUGUACCCUUUUGUUCUAUAGAGCGAGCUUGUGCUGAAAAUCAAGCGAGCUUGUACCCUUUUGUUCUACAUGAAAUUUUCGUUCUCUUUGAUCGCUCACCUAUAGGAAAUCUGCGUUAUCAUGUAAACCAAAUAACAUCACUUAACAGUAGGAUAAUUUGUUUUAUGACGUCUAAUCCAGGCUCACGUUCCCUACUGGCGUGUGAACAAUUGGCGAAUUUUGCUUCACAAUGAUAGGAAGGGCUACCACAAGUCAAUUAGUCCUGUGGUAACUUUUUCAUACACCCCUAGCUUAAACUUGUGAAGAAUAAGGGAUCGAUAGGCCAUGCUUUCACUGUUUGUAUUUAUACUGAAAAUCAAGUAAGCUUCUACCCUUCUUUCUACAUGCUAUUUUCGUUCUCAUCAAUAGUUCACCUGCAUAGUACACUUGUUGUCAUGUAAACCAAACUGAGUUGCUAUUUGUAACUAGAGACUCUAGCCAAUCGUGUAAUAUGUAUUCGUCAUUUAGGUUUAUAAUAAAGUGACUUUUCUCUCUCUUUGUAGCCAAUGAUUCUAACAUGGCAGUUGAUCACAAUCUCAUCGAUUUUGAUACAAGGUAAGAAAAUAUUUUGCGAAUAUCAAUUAAUAUGCCUCGCUAUCCAAGGGGACUAAAUAUGCAAAAACCAAUAUUUAUAUGAGAGCUGAAUAUUAAAUUUAGUAUUAAAAAUAUGCCAUAUCAAACAUUCUUUUGUCAACUGGUAUUUGUGCAGUGCUGCUCUAUCAAUAUUGCAACAACCUGUUUAGCUUUACACCUGACAUAAUCUACAUAAUAUACAGUAUAUGUUGUUCAGUUUCCAAACAGUGAAAUAAAAUAUUUUUAUGCUUUAUACUUUACCAUUAAAGAGUGUUAGUUAUAUAUAUAUAUAUUAAACAUAUUUUUUAUUGAUUAUCUUAUAUCAAAAGAUGGAUCGGUUAAAACGUUUAUUUAUUCCGGAAUAUCGAGAACAAUAGUGUGACAUGUUCGCUGUCCAGACUGCUGCUCCAGUAUCAGGACAAUUAGGUUUCAUGAUCGAUAUACAGAAAAAAUAAAAUAAAAUUAUUAAUUCUUUGAAAAAUUUCCAAUAAAAUUUCAGCCCAGUUAUUUGCAAAGAAAACCACUGAUAGAAUAUCUUUUCAUGUUUGAAAUUAUUGUGAACUCUAAGCCUUUGUCUGCAAGUAUUAUACGUAUUAAUAUAUUUUACUGAAAAUUUUAUGAGAAUAGCGCCGAUACUUGUCCUUAUAAAUCUAAUUAUAAAUAAAUGUAAUUAAAAAAAUGUAAUAAAUGUAAUUUCGAUACUUGUCCUGAAGUAUAUACGGCCUAUUUGUUCUCUUCAACGCAAAAACCACACGAUUUAGUCCAUUAUUUUUACUGAUCGACCGAUCUUUUAGACAAUAAUUAGGUAUUUGCAUUAAAAAGAAACAACUAUAUAAUGUUAAUUUCAUACUUUUAGUGGCACGGAGAAGCAAGAGGACGACGACGAUCUGAUUUUUGAAGAUUUCGCGAGGAUGAGAUUAAAGGGCGAACACAUGGACACAACAGAAGCUUGA